GCGUCGUUUAACUCUGGGCGGAACACCGGCGAAUGGGCAGGAGGCGGUUUCAAUUGAAGGCACGCCGAGAUCGGCCUUUCUGAGUGGCUGCUUGUCAAAUGCUGACAGAGGCAGUCCUCAUGAAUCACUCCGGAUUGUGAUCAUGUGCUGCAAGCCCUCGGUGAGCCGCCAAAGAGGAAGUGCGGCUUGUUUUCUUGCUCGGAGUUCCUCUGCUGUAGGAAGAUGAGAGGAGGAGGAGGAGGAGGAGGCAGCCGAAGCAGGAGGCCAAGUUAGCCGGGGAUGGAAGCCCUCGAGUGGAGGAGCUCCCUGGCCAACGACACCUUCCCCUCCACUCUGAGCCCCGCGGUGCCUCCCUAUGUGAAGCUGGGGCUGACCAUUGCCUACACGGUCUUUUAUUCCCUCCUCUUCGUCUUCAUCUACAUCCAGCUCUGGCUGGUCCUUCACUACCGGCACAAGAGGCUCAGCUACCAGACGGUCUUUCUGUUCCUCUGCCUGCUCUGGGCGUCGCUUCGGACGGUGCUCUUCUCCUUUUACUUCAGAGACUUUGUCACGGCCAAUUCUCUCAGCCCUUUCGCCUUCUGGCUGCUUUACUGCUUCCCCGUGUGCCUCCAGUUUUUUACACUGACACUGAUGAAUCUUUACUUCACUCAGGUAAGGAAAUGGCCAUGUCUGGAUUGUGCCAGGAUUGUUGGUUUUUUGAGGGUGGCAUUCAACUAAGUUGUACAUGCAGAAAUCAUUCAGAAAGUCUUAGCUUUGAAAUGGAUGGACAUGACUAAGUUAUUAAUUUAAGUGGGCCUACUCUGAGUAAAAGGUAGUUGAAUCCCACCAGAGCACAAAAAGAGUGUUUCUCUGUUGUCUCUGAAUCUCAGGGAGUGGGAGAAGCAAAGAUAGCAUUCCUCAUGCCUAGGAGCUUAGCAUUGAAUGAAAUACCAUAAGACAUCCUUGUUCGGUUAGUAAACUAUCAUGCAACUUGUCGUGCUUUUUCAUACACCGAGAGCCAUGUUACUUUUACACAAACCUUUGUUGCACACUUGUAGUAGUCAGUAGAAGUUGUCCUUGUAUUGGAUAUGUGGGGGAUACUUUAAAAACCCAACCUGAAAUGCUUAAGCCGAUCCUCAAAUAGAUCCUGAUAAGGAAACGAAAAAGGAGGGAGGGAAACUGCUUCCUCAUCAAACUAAGCAGGUCAUCUGAUUUUUACCAACAAAACAAAGUAAGGUUUUGCAACUCACACAUGUUGUCUGUUCAGCAAAGCGUCUGGAUCUCAGCUCUGUGAUAUCACUGCCAUAGAGAUGGGUUAGUAUUAAUAAAGCUAGCUAUCAAGAGAUCCAAAUCUCUCUGGCCAUUUAUUUUAAUUGCAAGAGUUAUUUCUGUUUUGAUUUCGGUCCUGUCAAGUGAAAACUUAUGCAAAAGUAUCUGCAGGAAAAUUCUUUCAGAGAACUGGUGUAGCGCAAGGGUUAAGAAUGGAAGCAAUGAGCCUGCUCUUUUUUACCUCAGCCAGGAACUUGCUAGAUGGCCUUAGGCAAACCUCUCACUGUUUUCUCAACCUCAGUUCACCUUCAGGCCUAUUUUGCAGGACUGUUGUUUAGGGCUAGUGAAAGAAAUGCAUGGGAAGUGAGCUUUAAAUACUUGAAACGCUCUAAUGCUAAGCAUUAUUACUUAAUACCAUUGAGCAAUUUGAUCAUUUGGACCAAAUAUUUAGUACUAAACAAUAUUUUACUUUUCUUUUUUCUUUAUAUACAAACACAAGCAGGAAAUAUAAAAUUAUCAGCCUUUUAAAGAAGCUGGGCAGAGCAGCUGCAAUAUUUUAUUAAAAAUGCCAUACAAUGCAAAGUUUCUACAGGCUUUGAAAUCUCAACACAUUUGGGAUAUUAUUAUUAUUAUUAUUAAUUUAUUAUUUAUACCCCGCCCAUCUGGCUGAGUUUCCCCAGCCACUCUGGGCGACUCCCAAUCAAGUCUUAAAAACAAUACAGCAUUAAAUAUUAAAAACUUCCCUAAACAGGGCUGCCUUCAAAUGUCUUUUAAAAAUAGAAUAGCUGCUUAUUUCCUUGACAUCUGAUGGGAGGGCGUUCCACAGGGUGGGCGCCACUACCGAGAAGGCCCUCUGCCUGGUUCCCUAUAACCUCAUUCUUGCAAAGGUGGAACCGCCAGAAGGCCCUCGGUACUGGAUCUCAGUGUCUGGGCUGAAUGAAGGGGGUGGAGACGCUCCUUCAGGUAUACAGAACCGAGGAACUCACUGAAUGGCUUGUGCAGUGUUCCUUUACAUGCUCACUUGGAACAAAACCCCGCUGACUUCAGUGGAGCUUAUUUCCAACAUAUGUGCAUAGGAUCAAAACUUUAUAUUAUAUGUUAUGUAUAAUAUAAUGUAACAUUGUUUAUUUUUUAAUUGCAGUUAUUUAAAUACCUCCUUCCAGGAUGCAAAUCCUUCCAAAGCAGAUUAUAAGUAACAUAAAAUUACAUUUUUGAAAAACAGAAAAAGCCUGCAAAUCUUUUGUUAAAUGCAGAUGAGAUAUUAUACUGAUGAACUUAAAAGAAGUAGCACACAAAAGCUAAAACACUGUUGCACACCACCCCAAUCUCUGAGCAGUGCGAGUUUCCAGGGGUUCCAGGCACUUAUCAAGGGUUUGUGUUUCCUUUAGGAAUGAAGGACAGUAGAGUCUGUGGUAUAUAACACAUAUAUACAACCUGAGCCUAUGAUGGAGGGGUUCAUAGGAUUAAUGCCCUGAAAGGGCAUUGUUUCUGCUUGGAUUCCAGCAGAAAUCAGGCAUGGCUCUUUCUCCAGCUUGUUGCUUUUCUUCUGCAACACUCUACCAUAACUCUGCCUUUGCUUGUUGAGGGAGGGGCCCCCACCCAUUUGUAGUCUGAACCCUUUAAUCUCCCAUCAGCUCACCAGGAAGCUAGCUUUGCUAUCUCCAGAAUUUAGACCGUUUGAUUAGCUUUUAACACUUGCUAGAUGCACGAAUCUGAGGAGUCUGGCCUACAGCUUAGCACCCCAAUAUCAUAACAAUAAAUUUGUGGCAGAUUUUGCUUGUACAGAAAAGCCCCCAAUAAUACUAAUAAAAGAAGAGUUGAGAAAAUAGGUCAACCUUUGAAGGAGAACUACAUAAAAGAAUUGCAAGAUCCAUGCUAAUAAAUCACACACAGGCUGCAAUCCUGUGCACACACUUAGUUGAAAGUAAUCUCCACUAAAUACAAUAGGGGUUGAUUCUGAGGAAACAAUACCGUAUUUGAGUGGAUGCUUCAGAUUCUAUACAGGAGGUGGCAAGUUUGGCUUGUAAUUCAGCAUGUUGUCAAAGGGUGCCCUGUUAAAAUCACAUCUACGUUGUCACAGAAGACAAGCAAGGGCAAGUGUGGAAAGGGAGGAGAAGAGAUCACUCUGUCCAGAGGCAACUUUCACCCAAAUAAAAAUAAGAAAGGCUUCUGAUUGGUUAUGCCUCACCAUGCAUAACACCCAGCCUCUUGGGUGUGAAGGAAAGUUACUGAAUACUAGCAAAAAAAUAUAAGUUUGUAGCUGAACAUGUUGUAAAGAGAAAGCCCAUAAUAUUAAUUAGGAUAGCUGAGCAGGAGAAAUACAUUAGGUAAUCAGUUGAAAUUAUGCCAGUAAACUAACAUGUACAAAGCACUGGCAAAGCAAGAGGCUAUCUUGGACCUCAUAGUACAGCUUUUGCCAGCCCGCCAGUUGUUUUGGGCUACAACUCCCAUCAAGGCUGGCUGGGGUUGAUGCCAAUGUCCAAAACAGGUGGAGGGCAGCAGGUUGGCAUGUUAGUAGCAUGUUAACAGCAACCGCAAGCAGAGGAGCUGAAACCUCCUCCACUUUUUGGUGCUUUUUUCAAAGUAGGAGAGAUGGUGCCAUCUGUUUUAUCAGUAUUUGCCAGCAUUGUAAACUUGGGGAAAUGGAGGACAGGUCUGGUCUGUCACAUAAUUGCUUGGAUAGCUGGGCUGGGUUCAAACAGUGACUGGCCCAAGGUUACCUGGUUAACUUUAUGGACUUGAACCAAGGUCUCUCCAGCCGAAGUCCAACUAUGGAAUUUGAUGCCACAAGACGUAAUAGUGGGCACCAUCUAGGAUGAUUUUUUCAAGUGUUUGGACGAUUUCAUGGAGGGUUAAGGCUGUCAGCAGCUACUAGCCAGAAAAGUUACAUACUAUCUUCUACGGUAUGUUGGAGUAGUAUGCCUCCUAAUAUCAGGCGCUGGGAAAUCAUAGGUGGGGCUAGUAUUGUUGUGCUCAAGGCUUCCAGAGGCAUCUUUUUGGCCACUGUGAAAAAAGGAUGCUGGACAAAUUACAUCUUUGGUGUGAUCCAACAGGGCUUUUCAUGUUCAUAGGAUUCUAAUCCAAUGGGUAUUUCUGCUCUUUGAGACAUUGCAAUAAAAAAAAUGGAUUGGCAUACUUGCCUGCAUUUUGGGGCUCUCUUGUGGGUGUGGCUCUGUUAUGGGGGUUGUAAUUAUGAGCUCCUUUAGUACGCGGGUAGUGCUGUGGUCUAAAUCACUGAGCCUCUUGGGCUUGCCAAUCAGAAGGUCGGCUGUUCAAAUCCCCACAACGGGGUGAGCUCCCGUUGCUCGGUCCCAGCUCCUGCCAACCUAGCAGUUCGAAAGCACACCCAAAAGUGCAAGUAGAUUAAUAGGUACCACUCCUGUGGGAAGAUAAACGGUGUUUCCGUGUGCUGCUCUGGUUUCGGUGUUCCUUUGUGCCAGAAGCAGCUUAGUCAUGCUGGCCACUUGACCCAAAAAAACUGUCUGCGGAGCAGUCAAACGUCAGCGCCCUCGGCCUGUAAAUCGAGAUGAGCGCCGCAACCCCAGAGUCGUCUGCGACUGGACUUAACUGUCAGAAGUCCUUUACCUUUACCUUUUUGGUACAGCAGCCCACUAGUCCAAAUUUACUUGGUAUGAUUAGCCAUAGAUUUAUUAUCACAUGAAUUUUGGACCGUAGGUUUUUGGCAGCCAUUCGUUUUGUGCAUUUUAAAGUUUGCCGAUUUCAUAACCAUUACUUAAGCCAUCCAAGAAGAAUUUUACCAUAAAUCCCUAUUAAUGUGGAAUUUGUUAGAAUGUUUAUAGUGCUUACAUAGUUAUUCACUGUUGUGCUUAUGGGAAUGUAAGAAUAACAACCAUCUGAUUAAAGGAUAUUGCUUCACAAGCUAUAAAAAAAUCAUUCUGAACACAUAUGAUUACGUAAGUGUGCCGUUUGUUAAGGGCAUUGAGAGUUAUUACGAGACCCCUGUGUCCCUUGCAGAGCAACAGUUCCCAGAGUGGUUUAACAGGAAACCCUGUGAGAGGACUAAGGCUCUCCUAACAAUCACAGAUAGUGGGAAGGACAAAAGCCAGAGUUGAGAGUUAGCAGUGAUGUGGACCAGAAGCAAGCAGAGAAAGAGAGCCAUGCCUGAUUUCUGCUGCAAUCCAAGGCUGCAGCUAUGGGAGAAAUAAUAGCCUUUUUGGGUGUUGAUGCUGUGGACCCCUCCAUCAUAGGCUCAGGUUGUGUAUAUGUGUAAAUGAACCAUAUAUCACAAAGUAUCUACUGCACUUCAUUUCCAAAAAGAAACAUGAACCCUGGGUAAGUGCUUGGACCCCCUGGAAUCUCGCAACAUUCAGAGGUUGGGGUGGCGUGCAACACUGGUGUCAAAAGUCUGGAUACGUGUUUUCUGGAAGAGGGCCAAUGAGCGAGGUGUGUCUUGAGUCAAGAUGGAUGGAGUAACAGCAGCAUUCCUGGAGCUGUUCAGGUUGAUGCUCUGGCAGCAAAUCUAGCAACAGGUGGAGCAGCAGAGCCAGCAGCUUGAGCAAAUUAUCCAGCAGCGAGACCAGGAUGGGGCAGCGGCAAGCAGAGUGGGUGAGAAGGCUCUGUGGAAAGGAAAGUGUGACUCCAUGCGAGGUGAAGGCCCUGCCAGAUGAGACUCUACAUGGGGUUGAAAGUGACCCAGGAGCACACAGAUGGAAGGGGUGGCCAAAGAGAUCCAGAGUGUGGAUGGGCAGGACUGCAAGCAGUCAAUAGCUGAAGGCAAGGGGGAAGAAGGGGUGCAGCAGGAGGAAUUGGAUGUGCUCCCAUGAGAGGUGGUAGGCUCUCCUUCCCUGGAGGUUUUAAAGCAGAAGGUGGAAUGUACACCUGUUAUGUAUGAUCUAGCUAACAUUCCAUCAUUGCAGGGGGUUAGACUAGAUGACCCUCCUGGUCCCUUCCAACUCUAUGAUUCUAUAAAGACACCACAGUCUCCAAUGUGCCUCAUUUCCAAAAGGAAACACAGACCCUGCUUAAGCGCCUCGAACCCCUGGAAUCUUGCACUGCUCAGAGAUCAGGGUGGCAUGCAACAGUAAUAUGCCAACAAAACAAAAAGUUGUAAGAGGAAUUCAUCAUACCAGUUAAGGAUUAAAGUAAUAAUUAUUUUGGUUUUACUUUACUUGUGGGUCCACAAGCUGGGAAACACAGCUCUAGUGCAAAUCCUUCAGAGUCUCUUCUUGCAAACUUUUCAGGAUGGAACCAGAUGUUUUCCAAAUAUGUGUCUUUGUUGGUAGGGAGGGUUUGGAACUUUCUGUCCUUCUCAUUUUUCCUUGCAACCCCAGCCUCCAUGACUCCCCCUCCCCAAAUAAUUAUAUUUAUAGUUUUGGAGCCAUUGGGCUGGGUUAAGAGCUUGGGGGGUGCUGGGGGGGGUGAGAGAGAAAAGCUGGAAGAGAUGAAAACUCACUCCUGCCUGCCACUUCUCUCCUGUAAAUUCCCUGUUUCACCCCCAUAUUAGGUUUACAAAUGGAAUGGAACUCCAUUUUUGCUGCGUAAUAUGCCUUUCCACUCUGAGUCAUAGUGCUUCAACAAGUCACUCCCAUACAAAACACUGGAUUUAUUCUCAAAGGAACAGUUAUCUUGAUCCGUUGGGUGAGAUUCACUGCAUAAUACAUCUUUCUAAUUAAGAACAAAAUUGCAUAACCCGUCUAAGGAUUUUAUCCUUAAAUAGUCUAAGAUGAAGGAGCAAAGUAUGGGGCAUAGGGAGGCCUUUUGAUUCUCCCCCCCAUGGCUUUGUUUUGGUCUACUAGCCUAAGGAAAUUGUCUGUCUGUCUGUCUCACACAUGGAGAGAGAGAGAGAGAGAGAGAGAGAGAGAGAGAGAGAGAGAAGUGUGUGUGUGUGUGUGUGUGUGUGUGUGUGUGUGUGUUAACCUAUCUUUGUGAUAUCCAGAAUUGCCACAACUAGGCCUGAUUUAAAUAUUAUAAACCUGGAGAGGAGGAACUUGCCCACGUGGUGCAGCACAUGCCAGGCAAUUCCUUUUAAUCUGAUCCUCCUCACCCACUACACAUGCAACAGAGGGCUCUGUAGUGUAGGCAGGUCCUAUGUUGCCAUGCUAAUGGGUCAGAGCCCAGUUUAAAUGCAACACCGGGUGUAUGCAAUAAUGCUUGAGUUACAUUUUAUUGGGUCUUAGAUAUGCAAUAAAGGGUACCCUAACUGGAGCAGUGUCCUAAAGGCUGCUGAUUUCGAAGUGAAUGGUUUUUGUUUCCUGCUCAGUGUUUAGUCUCUUUCAGCUUGGCUAGUGAUUGUGAGGCCAGGGACGUGAUUAGAAGGUCAGCGGUUCGAAUCCCCACGACGGGAUGAGCUCCCGUUGUUCAGUGCCAGCUCCUGCCCACCUAGCAGUUCGAAAGCACGUCAAGUGCAAGUAGAUAAAUAGGUACCGCUCCGGCGGGAAGGUAAAUGGUGUUUCCGUGCGCUGCUCUGGUUCGCCAGAAGCGGCUUGCUUAGUCAUGCUGUCCACAUGACCCGGAAGCUGUAUGCCGGCUCCCUAGGCCAAUAAAGCGAGAUGAGCGCCGCAACCCCAGAGUUGUCCACGACUGGACCUAACGGUCAGGGGUCCCUUUACCUUUAGUGAUCCUGAGAUUUCUCUGUCUUCUCUUGGCAUGUGUAGCUUUUCCUCUUGGCUCUCAAAAUGUAUCUGCUUUCAGGCUGUGUUUUACACGUAGUUAAUAAGGAAUGUGGCCGAUACUCAGCACAAAGGGUGCUUUCAUAUAUGAAGUAUGAAUGGCCUCUGUAGCUCCCUCACAUGCAAAUGCCAUUGGAAAGUCGAUGCAGAAGUAAGAGUGAAAGAGAGACAUUUGUAAUGUAAAUGAACAUUCUGGUCUAUGUAGUUUUUACAUUCGGAUUAUAUAUCAUUUAUGUUAAGUCUUGUGUAUCAAAACACACUUUUGAGAGAAAAGUUUGAAGCUAUAAGGGGAUUAAUGAUUCCCACCCAUGAAUAAUUCUCCAAUUCAUUUCAGAAGGAAUAUGAUAUAAGAUACAAUCCUGGAUAUCUUGUCAAUUACUAUCUGUAUUAUUUGUAUAUACAGUGGCCACAGUUUGUUUAACUUGUGUUUUGUAAUUCUGUAUUGUAUGCACCUUUCCUUGCACAGGUUUACAUUCACUGAUCACUUUCAUUUUAUUGUCAGUUGUGUUCUUGUGACAUAGGUAUGUGAAGUGUUGUUUCCACAUCCUGAUUAGUUCAGCGAUCUUCACAGGGGAAAAGAAAAAAACGUUGAAUAGAGUAAACAAGCCAUCUGUGUAUUCUUAUCAGUUGUUUUUUGCAACACUUGGAAUUAUGAUGAUUCCAUCAGGGUAAUCACAUCUUUGACUUUUCAAUGCUUAUCCUCAAAGAGAAGUUAGCAAAGGUAUUUCAAAAACAUGCCUAGAAACAAGAAAUAAGAAUGCAAAUCGGUUCAGGAAAAUUCUUUCUGUAAGUAUUCCUAACACAUGUUUAUACCAUGGCCAACACAUACUGGUAUUUGAUGCUGAAAAGACUCAUUGUUAAGAUGUAAUCUACCAGAUGGAGCUGAAAAUCUUUACAACUUUAAGCAAUUUGAUUGUUUGUGCCAGCCAUAUUUAAGCUUACUUUAUGGGACUGCAAACCCUGCUUUUCAUUUUGGUACGAAGAAACUGAAGGCUAGUUUACUGCCCUAGGAUAUGGUGGAGGGUGCUAUCCUGUCACCAGUGUUUUAAAAUCAGAUUCAGCUGUCAGUCUGGUCAGCUUUUAUAUGUGGACUAGAGGAACCACCAUCUUGUCUUUCACAUCAGGCUUGCGCCAUCCUGCCACCCACUAUUUCUCAGCCUGGCCUGCCUCACAGGGAUAAAAUAGGGGAAAGACACCCUUUAUGUUUUGGAGCCUAAGCAAAUAGCAUAUUGUGUAUCUACACAAGAUGGGGCAAUUAUAAGUAUCAAUGGCCAUUGUUUGGUGUUUACAUCACCAUAUGAGUGCAAGAGAAGACAUGCAUACUUUUUCCAAGUGUUUGCUUAUUCUACUUCCUGCCUCCCGGUUUAACAUUGGAGAGCCACGCUCUUUUUACAGAUGUGCUUAGGCUUGGACUAUUGAGAUUAGCUGUGAGCACCACAUUUUUACAAGGAUGAAAACAAAAUGGAGAUGAAUUAGAGGAUAGUGAUGAAUAUGAGUAACAAGUUUGGAACAUAUUAGCAAGUUUGUAGCAUGUGGAAAAGGUUAAGAGGAAGUGGCACAGAAUAUUUUUAGAUCAGAAAAAAAUGGGGAAUGUGCCAGUUCUCAGGUCUUUAUGCAACCAGGUCUUUAAACACACUUUCUAGGGAGUAAGCCCUAGUGAAUAAGCUGGGACUUGCUUCUGACUUGCAUAGAACUGCACUGUUAAAGGCUUCUAUUUCGAACAGCGGAAGGGAACCCGUCUGCUGGACUGCAGCUCCCAUAAUCUCUGAUCAUUGGACUAUGGUAGACUGAUGGGAGAUGGGAUCCAACAACAUCUGGAGGUUCCCCACCCCUGGUUUAUAUUAAGUGUUUUUCUACUAGGGCUCCUUAGGGAUGUUCACACAUUACAAUAGAAGAGGAUAGAUAUGUACUAUAUAAUUCCAAUACAGUUGUUUGACUCCUGUCCCCAUCACUCCUAACCAUUGCCUGAUGGAUACCACAUUGGCUACUCCUGCUGUUAAGUAUUUAGUAGGUACCUACUUUAACCCUGACUCCACUAUUUUCUACCAUGUGCCCACCUGGUGUGGAGACACAGACUGAGGGGAACCACAGUGAUCUCAGCUGCUUCUUCAUAUCUGCAGUUUACACAAAGUUAACAAGAAGGAUGUUUAAUCAUUUCACCUGUUACAGUGUGAAAGUGGGCACAUGCUAAAUAUAUAUCAGGCACUUGCUUUUUCUACUUUUAUGUGUAAAACAGCCUAGAAAAAGGACAAUAAGCAACUGGGUUUCAGCCAAGCAGGCUGAAAUUGGUCAUCAGGAAAUACCUAUGUUCUGUAAAAGCAGCUGAGCAAUGGGAAAUCAACUUACUUGGGAUGUGAUAGAGGGCUCAUCCAUACCAUCAUUUAAUGUGUCAAGUGAGCUUCAUGUGCUUCCAUAUGACAUUCUGCUCUUUGUUCUCCCUUUUGGAGGAUCUCAGGUAUUGGAAAAUCCAGACAAAGGGACUGGAAAGUGUGGGAAAGCAGUGAUUUGGAGAACAUGAUAUAGACAAUGGAGAUGCAGGAAGCUUAGUAUCCACAUUAAACAACAGUGUUCUCAGUCCCACAGCCCAGCAAACUUCAAUGAAUAAGCCAAGCCUGCUCAGCAAAGGCCCAUCUCUAUUAAAGGGACAAGAAAGUGUUAACAAUAUUUGAAGCUUCAAUUGUGUAAGUAUAAUAUGCACUUUCAUUUUUAUUACAGGUGAUUUUCAAAGCUAAAUCAAAAUACUCACCAGAACUACUUAAAUACAGGUAAGAAACACCUUUCCUGUAAUGAAUAAAAGGAAAAACAACCGUUCAUUGCUGGCUGGGCCAUAUUGUAAUACAUCUCCAUAGGAACUGUAUUCACCUACUGAAAGAAGUAAUAAUUACAUUGCAACAUUUUCUUGAGAGUUUUAGUGAUUCUGAGGCGCACUUUAGUCUGUUUAUUGUUGGCAUUCAUCUGUCUCAAGAGACCAUGGAGUGCACCUCUGGGAAUGAAGUUAAACCACUAGAGAAUCACAGUGCCUGUUGUGGCUCCAGAGAAUGGUAGCUUGUAACUGCUACCUCCUGCACUGUUUUUGCUGUGUUAGUAGCACCAAAGUAGCACAAGCCUGGGCUGUGUGUAUGGAGGUCCUGGGCUGCCCAGAUGACAAGAGCCCCCUCCCGGCCUUGCUGAUGUGGUCCAAAGGAAAGCAGAGCAAUACGUUUGGCACCAGCUUAAAUGCAGGAGUUGCUGGAAGAAGGUGUGCAAGACACCAUCCCACCAUCUUAGGGACUCCACUCCUGAAUUGUGUAGGGUUUAUUUCUUAGCCUUCUCUUCUCCCGAAGGGAUCCUGCAACGUAGCAGGUAACACUUUAGCCUACCGUGCUUUGAAAUAAGUGUUGGGCUUUUCUUUAUGCAUAGUAUGUGCAAGCAACAGCAAUGAACAUGAGAGGACUGGAGUUAAAUCUUGAAGGCCCUGAAAUGCCCACAUAAGGAUUUUUUUAGGCUACCACGAGCCUUGCCUCAGAAUCAGGAUGCCUUGCUUUUCCAUGUCAUGCCAGUUUUCUCACCCUGUGCCAGGAUUCUUUAGGGAGGAUCCUAGUAGAAGCUGAGAGCCUGGGGAGAGCUUUUACACAUAACACCUGGUCAUAUGCAGUUAUUAAGACUCAGGAAAGACAGGAGGGAACCAAGAAGUUGCUUGCAUUGAAGCUGCAGUUAAUGUCCUCCAAGUUUACCUCUCCAAGUGCACAACCCCCUUGGAAGUGGGGUAGGGUAUCUGUAGCCCUUCAUUUGUUGUUGGACUACAGUGCAUGCAUGUAGCAAAAUAGAUAUGUGUGCAUUGAUCACCAUUUGUUAAACAUAGGUAUGAAACAUGAAAGGUGUAAAGUGAACAUAUCCACAGGUAGAGGUUGCCUUGACUUUCCUUCAUGAGAGGCAACUGUGGUUCUGUUUCUCUGAGCAAACAUGGUAAAGUAAGAAAACCUUCCGUUUCUGUAUUUGACAGGAGUGUUUUUAAUUCAUGGCUUAAGCAUAUUGUUUGGAUGUGUUCACAAACACAUGUUGUACUCUGCCUCUCCCUACAAGAGUUUUGAAAGUGUGUGAUGCUUAAUCAGAUUUCCAUGGAACAAGUUCACAGGCUGUGGUUACUGUGCAACCAUUUAACUACUUACUUUCCGAAGUACAAAUGCUGCAGUCUGUUCAGGAUCAGUUUCAGCAAAGAAUGCCACUUUUUUAGUACAUUUAAAACAGAUUGCUGUUUUUAUUUCUAUAUCUCACCUUCUGAUGAGUGCAAGGUGGCAUAGGUAGGUCUCCCCACCACCAAAUUUAUCUUCACAGCAACCCUGUGAGGUAGGUAAGGCUAAGAGUAAGUGAUAGGCUUGCGAUUCAUGAGCUUCAUGGCUGAGUGGAGCUUUGAACCCUGGUCUCCUGGGUCCCAGUCCAACACACUAACCAGGGGUAGACUUUGGUAAUAUGGCACCCUGAGUGAGGUCAAAAUUUGGUGCGCCCCGCUCCAAAUAUUUAUUAUUUUCACAAUAAUUACUUUGAGUACUUUGAUUAGCUACCAUAAUAAUAAUAAUAAAUAAUAAUAAUAAAUUACUACUACUACUACUAUGUGCCCCCUUGGCUCAGCACCCUGUGCAGGGAAACCUCCUGCAACACCCUAAAUUUGGCACGGCUAUAACCACUACACCACACUGGUUCUGUAGGGUGUUGGACUGGAUUGCCUUCAAGGUAACUUUCCACUCCAACAACCUUUGGUUCUCUGUGGGUAAUUUGAAUCUAUGGUGAUCAAGUGACGUUUAUAAAUGGCAAUAAUGCCAGUUGCUAAAUACUACUACUUUACCAAACGUUGUCGUGCAGAAACUUUAAUAAUGGCUUAUCAUGUACUGCACACAUGGCAGCAUUUGCAGUGGGGAGUGAGCAGGCACCUGGUGGGCGAAUGACAGUGAGAUGUUGAACACAAGAGUCCUGUGUGCUGCAUGGCCUGUACUGCUAGACUGCUGUCCUCAAGUGAAAUGGAGAACUUGGUCCCAUCACCAGUGUUGCAGUGGGAUUCCACUGCCACUUUGGUUGACUUCUGUACAUGGAAUUGUGUGUUUUGGCGGGUGGUGGGCAAUCUUCUCCUUUGCCUCAGGCAGCAAAAUGUAUUAAACCAACUUGUAUACACACCUUUAAAGCACAUUUGCCUCCUCAAAUAAUUCUGAGUAUUGUAGCUUGUUAAGAGUUGCUGAGAAUUGUAACUGUGAGGUGUAAGCUACAGUGUCCAGAAUUAUUUGUGAGAAAGAGUGUGCUUCAAAGGUAUGGUGUGUGCCUUAAGCUAAGGAACUAUUUUGUCAUGGAGAAACAAUGAAGAGUUUCAUAGCACCUUAAAGACUAGCAAAUUUAUUUAUGGCAUAGCUUUCAGGUCUCCAGUUCCCUUCAUCAGACAUGACAAGUUUUAUCUUGAGUUACAGGGGUGAACAUGGGGGGUGGGGGUGGAGAAGAGGAGAGUUACAGAUUGUAAGAUCAGAAGGAAAUUAAUUGUUGAAAAAAGGAGCUUCAAAGGAAGAUUACAUCAUGAAACCAUUGAAUUACAAUGAAUCUACCAAAAGAUUCAUUGCUAUCACUUGUGGCCUGAAUUUUAAAAAAGAAAAUCACACAGCAUGAAUUAAUUAGUUUACCAAUGCCAGGAUGUCUGUGUUUUAAACAAUUGCUUUGUCACUGGUAGCUGUUAAUAACAUAACUAUCACCACCUGUACUUUCUGCAUUUAAUUUCCUUCUGACCUCAAUGAUCCCCAUCCCACGAAGCUAUGUGCCUAUACAGUAUUCCUAUAACUCGGGAUAAAAUUUCAUGCAUCUGAUGAAGUAGACUGUAGUCCACAAAAGCUGGCCAUUUACACUGUUAUGUGCAGCCCAAUCUCUGAGCGGAGAGAGAUUUCAAGGGUGCAGAUCAUCCUUUGAGUUGGGUUUCCUUGGAACGAAGAUCAUUGGAGACUAUCAUGUCUUUUAUUUACACUGAGCAUAAGAUGGGAGAGCUCACAGCCUUAACUCUCCAACAGAUCUUCAAACAGUGAAGUCUCUGUGUGUUUCCAGCUCCAAAGGUGACUAGAACAGACUGGCUCCUGGCCUACCCUUCGACUACACCCAGGAUGAUAUCGCCACCUGCCAAGUGAGGGUGGGAGGCCUGUUCCCUACUUUUGGAAACAUCAUUAUCUAGUCAUUUCUAUGGCAGCACACCUGUAUUUGGCCAACUCCUUUUAGUCGAGCAAAAAGAUGCUUAACAGACUUGCCUGUGGCCAUUAACAAAGAAACUGGUUUGACCACUUCUACAGAAUCCCAUCUUACAGAUACAGAUACAGAUACAGAACCACAGGCUUGGUGAGGACCCAAAUAUUAUUUAUUAUUAUGUCUGUCCUGCCCCUCUCAAAAAACCCGGGGCAGCAAACAUCAAAAAGUUAAAACUAUGCAAUUUAAACAAAAAUACAAUUAAUUUUUUAAAAAAUGAAAAACCAUCUAAAAACAUGUAAAAUCAUUUAGAACAUACCUCCCAAUUACUAAUUUCAAGCUUGCUAUGGCCAGUUUUACUCAGCUAUCAAAUGCCUGGGUAAACAGGAAUGUAUUUAAGUAUACAUUCAGUAUAGGGUGGUAUACUAAACAAACAAACAAACAAACAAACAAACAAAUAACCUCUGCAAGUCAAUGAGAGAGAUGCACCUUUCUCACCUUAUGAGGGACAGCAUUGUAUAAAUGAGGAACCACCACUGAGGAGACCCUGUCCCAGAUGCCAUCUAUACCACCACCACCACCACCCCAAUCCUAUAAAAGGACAUUUGUUAGGUGCCAUAAAACUCUUCAUUGCUUAUGUGUGACAGACUAACAUGGCUACUCCUCUAGAAAUUGUAGUGGAGGGUAUAUAUUCUUGGAUAACCCUGUGCAUUUUAUUAACACUUGCUAAAAAGGUAAUCAUUUAAAAAGCAAUGUUUUCCUUCUCCCCAUUUAGGUUGCCUCUUUAUCUCGUGUCAUUUGUUGUCAGUCUACUUUUCCUCCUGGUGAAUCUAACGUGUGCCAUACUUGUGAGAAUAGAGAAUUCAGAAAGGAAGAUCAUUGUAUUGAUCCGGGUUGCUAUAAACGACUCAUUGUUUGUGCUAUGUGCCAUCUCGCUCUCCGUUUGUCUCUACAAGAUUUCCAAGAUGUCCUUAGCAAAUAUUUACUUGGAAUCCAAGGUAAAGUACAACUUCAGACAUUUGUACAACUUCUGGGGGAAUUGUAUCUUUGUGAGGAAAAGUGAGUGGUAUACGUUGAAGAACAAGGCCCCAUACAUUUAAAGCAGUAUCAUAUCACUUCAAACAGACAUGGUUUUCCCCAAGGAAGUAUCUCUAGUUCUGUCCCCACAGUAUGUGACUCAUGAGAGAAAAACCCACUGUUUUUUUCUAUUAAGUCAAUAUGAAUUUAUGUUCAUUUUAUUAGCUUUAGGCUGCAGUCCUUUGCACACAUACCAGGGAGUAAGUGCCAUUGAAUGCCGGGGGCCUUACUUCUUUCUGAUGCCACUCCCCUCAUUGCCUAAUGGUAGAAGAAGGCUACUUGCUUUCCCUUUUGCGACAGCGGAAUUAGGCUCAGAAACGACAUUGUCCUUAAGUGCUUAUGUUUUUACCUUAAUUCUUGCCCUUUCCCCCAUUAGUUGGGGAAAGUGAUAGGGAUUCAGAAAAACAAAAUUCAUAAUAUAAUUCUUCUCAGUUCAUUUCCGUAGCAAAGGUUAUGGGCGGCUGUCUCCCUUCUCUUCAUUUCCCCUCUCUUCUUUCAGUGUUCCCACUUGUCUCUUUUUAUUCAGAUGUCGGCAUUCCAUCCUAUGGGUAUUUAAUAGUCUGAUGAGCAUACCUGCUUUCCUUCCUGAUCAAGACCCACCAAGACUCAUAUUUGGGAACUUUUAGAAAAAUGUCUCUUGUUCUGUCAGACAAAUGCCACAGGCUGACUUCUUGUUCUAUGUUGGUGCUAGUCCUUCAUGCUGAUUUAGUUUCCUAUGGUAAUUUGGUUAUUUUAAAGAAUUUUAUGUAAUUAUUUAAUGUGCUUAGUCUCCCUUUAAUAACCCCAAUUGAACACAGUGGGGCUUCCUUCCAAGUAAACAUCGCUUGCUACGAUUUAUUUGCUACUGUGCAAUCCUAUACAUUUUUGAUCAGGAAUAGGUACUAUCGAUUUUUUCCCUAGGAAAGUGUGCACUGGAUUGCAAAUCUUCAGCAUAGAUUUUACUGCUUUGCUGUGACUUCUGGGAAAUAAGGGUGGGGCUUGUCUGUGAAAAUGAAUUACCUCAUGAAACCACCCUGUGGUGACUAGCGAACAGCACACUCUUUUCCAAUGCACAUUUCCAUUUCCCCCCCGUAUUGUUUGUCCUUAUAGAAACAGGCACAAGCAAUGAAAGGACAAACAAUACGGUCCCAGGACAUGUUUUGAGGUACAUAAGGCCUGCACCUUGUAGAAGCUAAACAAGUUUGGGUAUGUUAAGUGCCUGAUCAGGAGAGUAUCUUGGGUUCCAUGAUGGAAGAAAGGCAGGAUAUAAUUGGAAAAGGAAAAAAAAAUGAAUAAUCAAAGUGAAAAACAGAUUCACACAUAGUUAAUUUCCUCUUCCAAAAACCUUAGCUCAGGGGUCAGCAAACUUUUUCAGCAGGGGCCUGGUCCACUGUCCCUCAGACCUUGUGGGGGGCUGGACUAUAUUGGGGGGGGGGGAUGAACGAAUUCCUAUGCCCCACAAAUAACCCAGAUAUGCAUUUUAAAUAAAAGUACACAUUCUACUCAUGUAAAAACACCAGGCAGGCCCCACAAAUAACCCAGAGAUGCAUUUUAAAUGAAAGGACACAUUCUACUCAUGUAAAAACAUGCUGAUUCUCGGACCGUCUGCAAGCCAGAUUUAGAAGGCGAUUGGGCCGGAUCCGGGUUUGCCUACUCAUGCCUUAGCCUACUCAUGCCUUAGCCUGACUGAGUUAUGGUUGGGUAGUUAUGGAUAAGAAAUCCCUGUUUAGUGAUGUUACAAUAUCUUUUCUUUAAACAAUUACUGCCACAUUUAAAGAGGUUCUCUGCUUUAUUGGAUUCUGUUUUGCAUACAUAUUAUGUGUCAGCACUCCUGUAUAAAUAAUUUAGAGUGGCACUGCAGCUGGUUGAAAUAAUCCACCACCAUACUCAAAUGUCCUGGUAUCACAUCAAUGCAUUUCAGCACAAAAAGUAACAAAUCAGGGAUUUGGGGUCAUAACACCACAAGUGGUAAAUCUGUCAGAUAUUUGGAAUAUACAGUGUUCGCUCUUGCACACAUGCAAUUUGGAAAGUGCUAUUUUGGAUAUUACUUCAGCAGAAGCACAACAGGGCAAUGAUCCUUUUUUUGCAGGAUUUCUGUUUGGUUUUAUUCCUUCUUUCAUGACACAGAAAUCUACAGAAAUCAAUGAACUGGCUGCACAGGGACUGACACAUACACCUUUCCUCCAUGGGGCUUAGGGCUGGGUUCAUGGGUGAGGGCUACACCCUUCCCAACAACAUUGUGAGUGAGGUAGGUAAGGCUGUGCAUGACUGGGCCACGGCUCUCCAGAGAGCUUCAUGAGCUGAACGAGGACUCAAAUCCAAAUCUAUAUAAGAUCUUAGGAAGCAUGGUGUUUAUUAGGUCAGAGAAACUGCAGUGUAAAAGGCCACAUAAAACUGCUCUGUCUCAGUUGGUUAAUUUGGGGAAAUACCAUACUGAAAACGCCAGCUAUAUAGUUCCAUUUUUAGACUUGGUUGUAAUAGGAUGGGAAGUUUUAUUUCAGCUUGUUCCUCCCAGACUACCAUAGCAACAAUGUUUUAUCUCUAAUGCAAAUAUGUACAUAGCAAUGAUUUCCUCUUUUAAGUGUCGUCUGCUGUGUGUAAACUGUCCCACCACAGUUUUCGUGAUCCUUUUUCCUGAUUUCAGUUCCUUUAAUAAUGCCACAAGCCCUUGGAUCAGCAAAGUGUCAUGUGCUUAUUUAAAUGUUCUUGGUUCAGACAGACAGCUUAAAUGUGCUUAAAUCUUGGAAAUUAGACUAGAUGGGAAUAAAAUCUCAAAUACUAGAAAGAUAUAUCAUCUUAGAUCCAACCCAACAUAUAAACAAACAACAAAAGUAGGUCUAUAAGAGAGGCUGUGAUCCUGUGCACACUUUUUUGGGACUGAAUUCCACUGAACAUGAUAGGACUUCUUACUUAAUAACAAUGCAUAGUAUGGCACUGAAUUAUUAUGAGAACUCAGCUGCAGAAUGUGGGUAAGUAUGAGCACUAUUCAUCUGACAGUACUAAAAGAAACUGUAGAUUUAAACAAAACAUCAUCUGGGAUGGUCCUAAGUAACUUGAUGUCCAGCUGUGCUAUUCUCCUAGAAUCAUGGCAUUUCAGUGCUCACUUUCCAAGCCCAAAUUCAAGUAUACUAAGAUGUGUGUAUUAAUCUCUCCUUUAGGGUUCAUCCGUAUGCCAGUUAACUACUGUAGGAGUGAUUGUUAUACUACUUUAUACAUCAAGAGCCUGUUACAACCUGUUCAUUUUAUCGUUUUCUCAAAACAAGAAUUCUUUUGAUUACGACUGGUACAAUGUAUCUGAUCAGGCAAGUACAGUACUUUCCUGUGAUAUCAAGAUUAAAACCAUUCUUGCACUGAUAUUUGACUGCAUAAAAGGAACGACCCUCUCCACCCAUUUAUCCGACAUGCAUUGCAAUUAAUAAUAAUUUGCCACAAAGGGUUCUGCUUACGUCAGGCUGUGCUCGGUCUGCAAGGUAAGAAAUUUUUGUGCAGAUCUAUAUGUAAGCUUUUAGAUAUCAAAGUUUUGUAACCUUAAAAAAAAGAGGCUACAGAAGCUUAGCUGGAGAGCCAUUUAUAUGUAGGACUCAUUUAAAUGCAUUUUGUAGUCCAGGAAUGUGAUAUAAGGAGGAGAGUAAGGCAGUAUAACCACUUUGUCCUGCAGAAAAAUAAUGAAAUUAUCUUGAGGAAACCUACCAUGUGCAUCUGCCUGGUUUUGGUAUGAUGACUUCAUAAAAAAAUAACCCAUGGAAAAGCCUUAAGAAAGCAUUCCUUUUAGGCUAUAAGAAGCUCUAUCUGCCAGCAAGUCUUAAGUCUAAUUGGUCUUUAGAUUUUACAGAUUUCACUGGAGCUACUCUUGUAAUUAAAUCAUCACAGGAAGCCCAACCAAGUAGUAGCAGCAGCAGCAUGGUGCAAGGUUCAUUUUGCUCAUAGGCAGAAAAGGAAGAGCUGCACUUGUCUGCCCCUUGCACAUUUUUAAAAAAACUAAACAACUGGCAUGCUUUCAAGUGACACAUUUCGUAUCACAUGUAGUUUAGCCCCAAUUGUGAUUCAUUCCGAGAAAUCCAACCAGGUCAGUUUAUCCACGAGUGACUCAUGGGUAUAACCCUUCCAGCGUGACUAAGAACUAGGCCAAAAUUGCACACUGUGUCUCUCAUGUUAUAAGUACAUCCCCAAAACAGCUUGUGGAAGAGUCCAUCUACUUAGUUCAGCAUGUUUAAGGUGCCCACUGGUCAUGACAUCCUGACUAGUGGGAUCUGCUGGUCAGAAAAUCCCUCUGAAACCUGCCUGCUGCAUAGAUGCUGGUUCUUUGUUUAUUUGGGCCAAGAAAAUUGUAGAUGCAUCUAGGCCAUCUCUGAUGCCCAGAAAUGUAUUUUAUCCAGUUGAUCUUCACAGAGAAUGGUGAAAGAGUUGCAUUUCAGCAUGCAGAAAUGUUUUCCUUAUGCAUUCUGCAAUAGAUGGAGGUUGUGGGGUUGCUAGCAAAUGCUGAAUUUAGUUGUACAUCUAAUACAUAUUUAACUUUAAUUUUGCAACAGGCAGAUUUGAAAUGUCAGUUGGGUGAUGCUGGAUAUGUUGUAUUUGGAGUAAUCCUGUUUGUAUGGGAACUUCUGCCCACAUCCUUAGUGGUGUUCUUCUUCCGUGUCCGAAACCCUACAAAAGACCUAGUAAGUUAUAUUUUCCCCGCAUUCAACAUAUGCCCACUUCUUGAUAUUCUGUUUUUUUAAAAGGAAAUGCCUCUCCUGUCCUAGCAAUGUCACAUGUCCCUUCUAAAAUCUGAGUGCACACAUUUAUUGAUCAAUACAGACACCACCCUUUGUUUUUGCAUAAUUAUUCUUCCGCUCAGCCCAUUCUGCUCUAGAGUCAUUAAAGGCAAUUAUUUCCUGAUGUUAGGGGCUCUCAGGGGGAAGGUGGCGCAGGGUUGUUGGCUCAAAAUAUCUGGAUUGCAAAUAUUUAUGAUAAGGAAGGAUUUGCUUGCCUCAUUCUCAAUUUAUUGUGACUCACUAUGAAAUCAUUUAAGAAUUCAUCUUUUUAAAGUUACAUUUAAAGCAGAAGUUUGCAAAAUGUUACAAAGGAGAGGGGACAGAUCAGUGUAUAGAGCUUCACUUUAUUUAAACCAGAUUCUUGUUUUGCAUAUUUGUGUUCCAAAAUCUUUGUAUGUAACUGAUGUAGCCUUUUUUACUUUUUUGGUAUUUCCCCAGGCUGGAAAAUUAGGGAAAUACACAAAAACAUUUGUUUUUAAAAUCAAAGGUUCUUUAAAAAUUAAGAUAAAAUUGAAAAAAAAAUAUCAUUUUCUCAUCUUCAAUUCAAAUCCUAAAGAUUAGCCUGCAUAACCAUAUUAGAAUGCCAGCUACCUCCUCCCACCUUAAGGCUCUUACAAGAUGCACCCCUUGCUUUGUUUAUCAUUGAGCCUGAUGAAGCAUUAUGGAGAAUUCUAAAGCUUGCGUACUGUUUUGUGAUACUUUUUGGGCCAACCACAGUAUCUCCCAAAUAUGGAUUUUGGAAUUGGAUAUUCUGGAAAUUAGCCACUAGAGGGGAGUAAUAGCCAAAAAAAAAUAGUAAUACACUGUACUAUAUAUGUGACUGGAAGUUUAUAUAAGUACAUAGCAGAGCUUUGUUAACAGGGAAUUAAAUGACAGUUUAAAUUGCAAUAGAGACUCUUUUGAUUAAGUUUGUAUUACUUUAUAUCUUAUUUAAAGAAGAUCCUCAUAAUUUAAUUUUUUUUUUCUCAUGACACUAUACGGUUCACAAUGUGAGACACUGGGUGAAAAAUGGUUUCCUCUCAAAUCUAAGAUGACAAAAUAAUGCCAAGCUAAGCCAGUUUCUUCAUGAUAACAAUGAGCAAAUAUAAUUCUAUGGCCAUUUUAGUAUGCUUUUUUUUAAAAAAAAAUGACCAUACUGGUAUUGUGAGCAACCUAAUAAUAGCUGUUGACUAAAAGAUCAGUUGGUAGAGCAUGCAACUGUUAAUCUUGGGAUUGUGCAACAUUGAGCAAAAAAUUCCUGCAUUUCAGGUGGUUGGACUAGAUGACUCUUGUGGUCUCUUCCAACCCUACAAUUCUCUGAUUCUAUUAAUUUGGGCCCCUGUAUUUAGUUUGGGACAUUAGAGUUCAAAAAGAAAUUGCAAAGAUUCAAUGUCAAAUCAGAUAACAAAAGACGAGAUAAUUUGGGUAUGUCUCAAUGGAGAAUGGGUGGCUUGUUAAAUCAGAGUGUAAAUUAGAACAGAUAAGCCAGAUCAUUUGCUUACUAAUGAUACUCUCAUUAUGCUUUGGAAACUUUGCAAGACUUAACUUUAUAUUGUCUGUUCCUGUUCGCUCCCAUCAUUUCUCUCCAAGCAAAAGGAGAAAGAACAGAGGCUAUAUUCAGAAACGUUUACCAGAAGGCCAGCAUGUAAAUGAGUGCACAGAAACAUGAGACAGGAUAGGAGAAAAGUGAUUAGAAUUCUCUGCAUUUCUCUUUAAAGACAGAUGCCAAAUCACAAAACUUGGCAACGGGAAAUUGGUGCAAUGCAAAAUAACUUCUCUUUCAUCCCUAGACAAACCCAGGGAUAGUACCAACUCAUGCGUUCAGUCCAAGAUCUUAUUUCUUUGACAAUCCUCGCAGAUACGACAGUGAUGAUGAUCUGGCAUGGAGUAUAUCACCGCACAGUAUACAUGGCAGGUGAGGCAAACUGAUGAACAGAGCCAAAGGGAAUUGUGUCCAGUUGUGGCAGAAUUCUAGCUUUGGUAGCUUCUGUGACCUGAGCAGAGGUAAUUUUCAGAAUUUCCCCCUUUCUCCUGUAGUCCCUCCUAGGGUCCUCCUAGAGCAGAGUGGAGGGGCACAAGGGCUUAUAGAGGGAAGGAGUAAUUAGCCUAGGCUACUUUAAAGAGCCUUCUGUCAGCAGAGGGACACAAUUGUACAACACCCUUUAAUUUCAAGGGGGACCUAUUGAUUUCAAAUGUUCUACUUGGCUGUAUUAUGCCCAGUAUUCUGCCACAACAACAAUUUCUUCUUUACAGUAUUCUGCCAUGCUUCUGUGACACCUAGCUUCUAUCACUCAAGUUUACGUGUGAUUCUAACCUCUUUCUGUAUACUCCAUGGAAAUUUGAGUUUCAUUCCCCAAUGCCCCGCAUUAUUAAAUUGUACAGGACUGGGAGACACCAGACGAACAGGAAUUACUUCCUACAAUUCAUUAUUCUACACAAAGCUGGGAAGACAACCAGCUAAACAGGUUAUAAAUGCCACAAACAUGCAGAGAAGUUAUUGUUGGAAUCUUUAUUAAUGUGUCUCAUCAAAAUAUGUUGCGUGUAAAUGAAAGUUGUACUCAGAUUUAGUUUCCAGUACAAUUGGGGAUUGUCAGCAUAGAACUCUUGAUGACCUGGAUUAACAGCUAAGUAUAAAAUUUAAGCCAAGCCACAGUGUUAUGUUCUUGUGUGAUCCUAUGCCCCUCUAGCAAAUUCCUUUCUAGCUGCAGCAGGAAUUCAUUCCAGGAACCACAGGAUUGCAGCAAACAUGUCUGCACAAUUCCUUGAACCAAAGGCUGUCUAGUGCCUGCUUAGAACUUCACAGGAACACAUGACCUGAAGUAUUGUUUAUUGCCUAUAUUUUACCAAGUUAAUUUCUCUUUAAUUUUGUUUUCUAGUUUCUCCCCCGAUUACUAUGACUGGGGACAUCAAACCAACAGCUUUAUACCUCACAUUGGAUCCUUGCAGCAGGAUUAUACAACAGUGAUAGAACGACCAAGCCCUAUGUAGCACCAAACCAAUGUUGAUUUUAAAAAAUCAACAUCAGUAAUAAGGCACAAGUUACAGGGGCAUAGCAUGGCCCAUGGAAAAACAUAGGAGUAAAAACAAGCUAUAGGUUUACUUAGUUAAACCAUACAGGUUUACCAUAGUUAUAUUUUCAUUCCAAUAUGCCUUGCUUAGGAUGUGAUCUUGCAAAGAUUUGCACAUGUACUUUAAUUAUACAUAGGAGUACUCCUACUGAAGUCACUGUGUCUCCUUUUAUAAUGAAGACAAAAUACAGAGGUGUUAUUACAGACUGCAGUCUAAGAGAAAAUAUUUGUAUUCUGUAUUAUCUAUUUUUAUGUUGGAAAACUACUGCUAUAAAUUUAUAGCCCUUUUCUUAUAUUGUCACUGUUUAUAUGUACAGAAAUAGUUUUGUGUCUCAUGUUGUAAUGUAUUCAGUAGGAUAUGAUGAUGAUGAUGAGUUGUGACCAUCAUACAAACUAUUUUGACAAUGUUAAUAUAAAAACAUUUUAAAAAUACUCCUAGUUCCAACAAAACGUUCAUUAUAAAAAGUCUAAUAUUACUUGAUGCAUGUAUGUAAUGGAUGACAUGUAAGUAUUGCCAGUUGUGAUUAAUGAGAAACUGCUAAUUUUAUAUUCAGUUUCUUGGGAUCCUACCAUGAGGAAAGAAUAGACAUAAAAUAAAAAGCUUCCACGAUACCUAUGAGCUCAGCAUUUGAUAGGAGUUCAUCAUUUGAUAUAAGCAAACAACAGAUCUGUAUGUAAGCUUAAGAAUAAACACUGUCCAAGUCUUAAUAG